CUUUUCACUACGUCAUCCUCCCGCGUCCGUAGUUCUGUUUUGCUUCCUCGACGCACAUGAAAUAAACCAACGUGGUAUUCCCUUCUUGACAAAAAACUUCACUGCAGCUUCAUGAAAGAAAACAUUCUUCGUUCUCACGCAUAUUCUUUUUUAGCCUGAACCCAAUAGUUUUUUGUUUUUGUUUUUGAACCAAACACUCCCUGUUCCGGAAGAGUCAUAGAAGAGGUGGCAUUCGUGAGUUUUUUUUUUUCCUGACAGGAGAAAAAGGAAUUGAGAAAAAAAUGUUUAAUGAGGAUGAGGACUGGAGUGACGAACAAGAGGGACGAAUCCUGAGCAAAGCUGUCUUUAAAAAGUCUCAAAAGGCGAACAACAGUGUACAUCCAAAGUCCAAUGUCGGGAAGAAGAGCCUGCUGCGGACCCUGGAGACUCUGGGGUCGACACCAGACUGGAGGAGCAGUGACCAUGAGCAGGACAGCUGCAGUGAGACAGAAGUCCGUUCAUCACCCAGUAAAAAGAAGAAGAGGAAGAAAAGGAGGAAACAUGGAAAGCAAUCAGAGGAGACGCAAGAAGGUGGAGACGACCGUCAAACUGUCAAAGAGAAACCUCAACUGAAGAAGAAGAGGGAAAACAAACCUGUGCCCUCAAAAGCAUCGAGGACGCCUUCAGAGGAGACAGAAGUUGAAAAGGUUCCAGAACCUUCUCAAGAGAGUGUAAACAAACAGCAAGGCCCAGAGAGGCUGAGCAGACAGCAGUGGAGAAACAAGAUGAAGAAUAAGAGGAGAUCCAAGAACAAGUUCUGCCAGAACAAACCUGAGGACGAUGCAGACGGAGCUCAAACCGCCGAUAAACGGGAAGCAGCAGAAGACGUCAAAAAAGAUCCACACAACGGCAACGGGGAAAACAUCAGCCAGACGGCAAACCGGAAACAAAAUAAGGAGAAAGUGAAAAGGAAGAACACGGAGAGAGAGGCAGAUGGAUGCAGCGCGGCGAGAGGGGAAAACCAGCCGGAGGCGGAGAAGUUAAAAAGUGAAUCUGAAGGCUCUGCUGAGGGAUUAAAACAAGGAGCAGGUGAAGGUCAGGUGGCGAGCACCAACCAACAGAAACCUGAGCUGAGCAAGGAGCGGAGUCUGAAAAGACAGAAGCUGCAGAAGAUCCUCCUCCACCAGGAAAGGGUCGGUGCCGAGGGUCCAGCGGAGAGGACGGAGAUGGAGGCGGUGGCCCCGGAAGAGACGGUCAAGGAGGCGGCGGCGGAGCAGAGCCGCUCCGACUCCCUCAGGUCCCGCAUGGAGCAGCGCCUGGAGGCGGCGCGCUUCCGCUACAUCAACGAGCGUCUGUACAGCACGGCGAGCGGCGAGGCCAGGCGCAUGUUCCAGCAGGACCCAGAGGCAUUCUGGGUGUACCACAGAGGAUACACGGCACAGGUCCAGAGGUGGCCCGCCAACCCGCUGGACGCCAUCAUCGCUUACAUCCGCAAGAGGUCACCUUCCCUGGUGGUGGCAGACUUCGGAUGCGGUGACUGUAAGAUUGCGCGCAGCGUGAAGAACAAAGUGCACAGCUUCGACCUGGCUGCCACCUGUGACCUCGUCACCGUCUGUGACAUGGCCAAAGUGCCUCUCGGUGACGACUCUGUGGACAUCGCCGUGUUCUGUCUGUCCCUCAUGGGGACCAACCUGGUCGAAUUCCUGGCAGAAGCCAACCGCGUCUUGAAAAUGAGGGGCGUCCUGAAAGUUGCAGAAGUAGCGAGCCGAUUCGACAACGUGCAGAACUUCAUCUCAGCACUAGCAGGGCUGGGUUUUAAGAUGACAUCCAAGGAUACAGAAAACAGUCAUUUCUUCUCCUUCGAGUUUGUGAAGACAGGAAAUGUUCCCCAAAACGUGAAGAAAUUUGGACUGCAGUUAAAGCCUUGUCUAUACAAGAAAAGAUGACAACAGUGGAGAAAUUGAUGUAUAAAAUGUUUAUGUAAAUCAGCAGCUCAUUUCACUGCAACUCUUGGUUUCCUGUACUUGGCAGUGGGCGGACAGUUGGUUGCAGUUUUGAUACAGAGACAGGAAAUGACCCAAAACUCUUCAUAUUUAGUUUUAUUUUACUAAUGUGUUGGUAGAAUUAUCUUUUAUUUAAUUUGAUCAGGUCUUUGUAAUGACCUGAAGAAACCCUUACACUGGAGGAAACCCAAACCUCCUUAAUGUUUACCUAAACUGCUAUAGCUUGUAUUCAACCGAGAUUGCAACAGAAAUUCAGGUUAUAAAAAGAUUUGUAAACACAGAAUAAAUAUCUGCCAUUAUUAUA